UGAUAUUAUUUGAAAUCAAGUUCACGUCUUUGUGUAUACAGUGCCUCGAUCUUCUAAAGAAGAAGCUAUUCAGUUUUCAAAUUCAUCUGCUGAUGGAGCGAACGAGUCUUUAUGGUGCUUCUAUCUUCCUUCUUCGUGCUCCAGCUGCCAUCUCCAGCCGUGGUCGAAGGUUUUCUUCGAUCCCUAUCCCUCAUGUAGACGACCCGAACCAGCUCUUGAGUUACGUGAGGAAACAUUGCAGAAAUGGAGGUGUGUUUAAGAGUGUCAGUGAUGCCUCGUAUUGCUUCAAUAAAAUGAUAAAGACAAACCCUUUGCCUUCCACCAGGGAUUUUAGUCUGCUGUUGGGUUCUAUUGUGAGGAUGAAGCAGUACUCCACUGCAAAACGGUUGAUUGAGCAGCUGCCUUCGUUGGGGAUCGAGCAUGAUGUUGUUUUGCUGAGUAUUUCGUUGAAUUGCUUUUGCCGUUUAAAGCGGGUUGAGUUGGGAUUGUCUAUCCUGGGUAGAAUCUUGAAGCUUGGGUUUCCCAUUGAUGUGGUCGCAUUGAGCACCCUAAUUGAUGGUCUCCUUAUUAAGGGCAAAACUGAUCAAGCAUUGAGGUUCCUCGAUGAUAUGAGACGAAAUGGCCCCGCACCUGAUGAGACCACGUAUGCGGUAAUCAUGAAGGGAUUAUACAGGGCGGGUAAUGCCAGAUUGGCGAUUGAAUUGCUGAGGGACUGGGAAGAUAGAAGUUGCAGGAUCAAUGCCUUCACAUAUAACAUAAUAAUUGAUAUUCUUUGCAAGGAGGGAUUGAUCACAGAAGCGUUGAGACUGCACGAAGGUAUGAGUGGGAAAGGCGUUGAACCAGAUGUUGUUACUUAUAACAGCUUGAUCCAUGGUCUGUGCAAUGUAGGUCGGGUGGAAGAUGCUCUCGUAUUGUUGAAAGAGAUGACCAGCAGAGGCAUCCAACCCGACAUAUUCACUUAUAACUCCUUGGUUCAUUGCUUUUGCAACCUAGGCCAAUGGAAAGAUGCUACAGUCUUUUUGGAGAAGAUGAUGAAGGCAGGAAUUGAACCGAGCAUCGUUACCUAUACCUCCAUCAUUCAAGGAGCUUGCAAUUCCGGCCAAUUGAAAGAGGCUGGAAGACUGCUGAGUGAUAUGGUGCAAAGAAGAGUAAUGCCGAAUGUACAAGCCUUCACUAUUCUGGUGGAUGCGCAUUGUAAGGAGGGAAUGCUUGUAGAGGCAGAGAACAUAGUCGACCAGAUGAUUCAAUUAGGUAAAAUGCCUGAUAGUUUCACUUAUAAUACAUUGAUAAACGGUUAUUGUUUGCAAAAUAGAAUGAACGAUGCUAUGGAAGUGCUUAAUUUGAUGGUUGAAAGAGGCUGCUCACCUGAUGUUGUUUCUUACUCCACUUUGAUUAAUGGAUUCUGCAAAGCGAGAAGAGUUGACAAGUCAAAGAUGCUAUUGGGAGAAAUGCUGCAAAGGGGCUUGAUUCCUAAUGUCAUCACGUACAGCACACUUGUAAACGGAUUUUGCCAGAUUGGGAACCUUCAAGCCGCGGAGGAGCUAAUCAACGAGAUGCAAUCUCGCGAUCUCUCUCUUAAUCAUUAUAUCUUGAGCGCUUUCGUGGAUGGCUUGUGUAAAGUGCAGCAGAUUGACAAGGCUAUUACAUUGCUUCGAAAGAUGGAAGAUUCCAAAUUCGUCCCAGACAUUGUGACUUACACUAUUCUGAUAAACGGCAUGUGUAAUGCCGGAAAGCUCGAUGAUGCUAUGGAUCUGUUUAAUUGUUUGCAAGCUCGAGGCUUGCAACCUGAUGUGUGGACGUAUAGUAGUGUCAUGCAUGGAUUGUGCAAAGGGGGACGCACGGAAGAAGCAUAUCAGCUACUAAGGGAGAUGGAAGGAAAUGGAUGCCUUCCAGAUGGCGUCACUUAUAAUUCAAUUAUACAAGGACUACUAAAAAAUAAUGAAAAUACGAGAGCAGCGCAACUUGUUGGUGAAAUGGUUGAAAGGGGUUUUUCUGCAAAUGUAGGAACGAUGGAGUUGUGGGUUAAAUAUUGCAUGACAAAUGGAACUUCUUCCUUUCCUAGUUGAGCUCUCCAUUGGCUCUGAGAUAUGUCCAAUUUUUCAUCUGAAAUGUGUAUGAAGAGUAAACUAGACCAAAGGCAAGUUUUCUUCGUCACAUCAUCUCUUUCAGUCCCUUGUCCCAUUACUGAAGUUAUUUUAAGUCUGGGCACUG